AUGCUGAGUCACUCCCCGUUGAAUUCAAGUGUAAAUAGGACCGCGGUAGUCCAAGCACAGGCGGUCAAGAACCUUUUGGAACAUCCCCCCACGAGCAAGCCCUCGCUCGAGUCCGUUGCCCUGCCCUCCUCGAGCUUUGGCACUUUGGAUUCGCCGGCCGACUACUCCAGCGUGUCCCUCUCGACUCAGCUGUCGUCGACGCCCUCGUCCUUCGGGGGGCCUCGCCUCGUGACCUUCGCGAGCCGCCCUCAAGAGGGGUUUCUAUACAGCGUCUCUGAGGCGUCCUCGGCCCCUUACGAGACGACGUUCCCUCCGACUCCAUCCGGCCGGGAACAAAGCUCCUCCUUCACCUCCGAAAAGGGAGACCCGACGCUCUCCUCGGAGGCGCCUCGGGGUGUCGGCGAACAUCACGCUGAAGUGAGACUCGUCUCCUCUGAAGCCUCUGGAGACACGUGUCAGAGACUCGCUCCUUUCCACCCAUCUCCCAGCGUGAAGAUUUCCGUCAGCUUCGCAGACUCGAGUAAAGUAGAGACUCAGAGAGCGUCUUCAUACCUGAGCCUGUACUCAGACCCAACCACAGCAGCUCAGGUUGUUCGCCCGACGCCCACGCUGCCGGAGGGCGUCGUCUUGUCGCCCUCUCGCCCGGAGCACGGCCAGGGGACAAAUUCGCUUUAUACCCUUCGUCCUGAUAGCUCCUGCUCUGUCCAGCCGCCAGCAGUGACGUCCUACAGGUCGUCCUUCGUCACUGCUGUCUCGUCCUCCCCAUCCCCCUCAUCAACUAGCGUCUCAUCAACUCCGAAUGCUUCUUCGACGCCCAUUGUUUCGUCAACUUCCGCUGCUCCGACGCGUCUCAGCACCCCAAUAGCUUCUACUGCCCCAUCUAUCCUUUAUGUGUCGUCAACUCCCAGUGUCCUAUCAGGUCCAGGCAUUCCAUCCGGUCCCAAUGUCCCAUCAAAGCCCGAUGUCCCAAUAACUCCCACUGCCCCGGCAAUGCCCUAUCAUCCAGCAAAUCACAGCGCCCUUCCGACGUCUACUGUCCAGUCAACCUUCAGCCUUCCACCCGUGAUCCCAUUCCCUCCCUCUUCCCUUACAUCCUCCUCGUCAACCGCUCUUCCACCCACUUCAGGCGCUCCACCAGCUCAAGUAACUUCCUCCUCCAUCCCGCCUCCGUCGUCUGCUAUUCUGCCAUCGCUCUCCGUCCCAGCACAAAACUCUUGGUCUGAACCCAUUAGCCUCCGGACGCCAAGCUCUCAACCAAAUGCUGCGUCUUCUUCGAGUGACCCGUCACCCGCCGUCACAGGUCCUCCUGACACCCAUUCUUCGGCGCCGUUCACACCCAUUAGCAGUGUACCCAUUACCUGUUCCUCUUCAUCUACCAGUACAAACUGUAUCCAGAAUUCAUCCAGAACGCAAGAAGCUUCUCCCUUGCCUGUACCCGGUAACCAAUCUCCCGGUGCCUCUUCAUCAUCGUGUCCCUCGGUGAGCCUCUGUACUUCAUCAGUGCCAAGAAGUGCCACGUCAGAGAGUGCCACGCCCUCUGCCGAACCCCUCAAUCUCGUGACCAAUAAUCAGUCACUAGAUCUGUCGUGUGGCAAACGCCCACUAUCUCUGAAGAUCGCGCCCACGCCCACCUGGAGGAGAAGCAGCGCGCCCUACCGCCCUCCUCUCGUGGGUCGUCGCUCGCAGCCGUGGCGUCCGUGGUGA